AUGGUGUCCAUCCUCCUGCCUCCAGAUAGGAGUACCUCACUUGCCCCAGACAGCCAACUACCCAACCUCUGGCUCUGUUCCCCUCACCCUACCGGUCCUGUCCUUCCCCUAGCACUGCUGUCUGGUGUGCGCAUCAAUGGGGAUGGCCAGGAGGUGCUGUACCUGGCGGAAGGUGACAAUGUGAGACUGGGCUGCCCCUACAUCCUGGACCCUGAAGACUAUGGUCCCAGUGGGCUGGACAUUGAGUGGAUGCAGGUCAAUUCAGACCCCUCACAUCGGGAGAAUGUGUUCCUUAGUUACCAGGACAAGAGGAUCAACCAUGGAAACCUCCCCAAUUUGCAGCAGAGGGUCCGCUUUGCAGCCUCAGAUCCCAGCCAGUAUGAUGCUUCCAUCAACCUCAUGAACCUGCAGGUGGCAGACACAGCCACCUAUGAGUGCCGGGUGAAGAAGACCACCAUGGCCACCCGGAAGGUCGUUGUCACCGUCCAAGGCUUCAGAGCCAAGGGUGGCUUGGCCACUCUGAGCCUGGCUCUGCCGGGCCCACUCCGCGCCACCAAGGAGCCCGCUCACCCGCCCGCCUGUUGUCUCCACAGAGAGGACGCCGUGGCGCCCGGGUGUAAGGCCAGCGGGCGCGGCAGCCGCGUCACCCACCUGCUGGGGUACCCGACGCAGACCGUCAGUCGCUCCCUGCGCCGCAAGUACGCGCCUCCGCCCAGAGGCGGACCGGAGGACAUGGCCCUGGCGCCGUGCACCGCCGCGGCCUGCGAAGCGGGCCCCUCCCAGGUCUACGUCAAGGUCACGAGCGCCGAGCCCGCCGACUGCGCCCAGGGGUCGCUACCGGGCAAGGACGGACUGUUGGUGUGAGCGCGCGCGCCCGCCGGACUGUGUCCGGGCGGGAGGAGGGUGCGCGCUACCCGCCCGAGGCUGGGGACACGCUCGGGCUGCGCCCACCCCGCCUGCCCCUGGCAGCUAGGAGGCUGCGGGCUGAAGGCAUUGCCCUAGGGAAAUAAGUAGGGAGGCAGAGCCUCCCCCCGCCGAAGUGGGAGGGGAGGGGAGGGGCAGAGAAAGGCCACCCGGAGCCCCCCUCGCCUCCCCUGGGCCUUGAGGUUCCUUGAGGAGGAAGACGUCCGAGAGCCGUUGAGGCGGAGGCCCCGUGUCCCCAGCCAAAGCAGAAGGCUUCGGGCCGGGCGAGUGGGGGUGUGGACUGAAGUGUUGUGUGUGAGAUCUGGGCUCCGAGGAGACAGUGUUAGCACAAUAAA